AUUGAACAUAUCGAAGGCUCAUUGAGACCGAAUCUCGGUCGGCACGUGGUAGCUAGCGUGGAGGACGGCCAAAGCACCUCACUAAGCGACCACUACGACUCAUCUGCUUCGAAACAGUCGAGCAAUUACGUCGUCUCGUCAAAAAAAACUAACAAAAAAAUGUGAAAGGGUCUCCUUUAACUACAAGUGUUCAGUAACGUGUUAAAAUAAUAUAUUUACAAUAUUAUCAGCUUGUGUUUGUGGGAAAUCCGAAGAAUCUGUUUACAUUUCGUACCCUCAAUAAAGGUGUUACAAUUUAAGCUUUGAGCAAAUAGCAUCUGUACAAUUGACGAUAACAUAAGAUUUAUAAAACCGCUACUUCGGGGAGAGAGGUAGGAUUGUGAAAAUGGAUGUGAAGGGUAAAAUUGUUGAGUGUGAGGACGUGGACUAUGAGUACGUGCCUCCCGAAGGGGGAUGGGGGUACAUGGUCUGCAUCGGCCUGUCUGUCAUAUUCAUUGCCGGCACAGCACACCAGCCUGUGUUUGGUUUUAUAUACAACGACUUUUUGGACGAUCUAGGAGUCGGCACGGCGGCAGUCACAGUUGUUUUUGGAGUAUUUCAAGUCACGUUAGCUGUUGCAGGGUUCUCAGCAAACAUAGCUUUGAAGAAACUAUCGUUAAGACAAGUCGGUAUAAUAGGAGCCUGUAUUUAUACUCUAGCGUCAUUCCUAGCCAUUUUCGCAGUAUCUACGACACAGCUGAUCAUAACAAAUGGCUUCCUACAUGGCUUGGGAAUGGGCCUCCUCAUACCUGUCUCCUACACAAGUUUCAACAGCUAUUUCACAAAGAAAAAAGUACUCUAUCUAAGUCUGUGUAAGGCUUCAAUUGGAAUGAUAACGAUGUUCUACCCGUUGUUUAUCAAGUUUACGAUGUCAGAGUAUGGGUUUAGAGGGACUCUUGCUAUCCUUUGUGGGAUAUCUGCGCAUAGUAUAUUUGGGGCGAUAGUGAUGCAUCCUGUGAAGUGGCAUAUGGUGAAGCAACCAAAACCUUGCGAGAAAAUUGUUUUAAUACCACCGACACCCGCCAAAGAAGACAACAAAGAUAAUAAGUUCGAUUUCACGAAGACCUUGCCGCGAAUGGAUUCGUCAGAAAAUGCGAGAUCUGUCGAGAAUCUGUAUCGAAUCAAUCGAUUGGAAAAUCCUCAGAAAGGAGCCGAAUUACUAUUUGUGUCGAAAUUAAGCGAUUCCAGACGAUUAAGCAUACCAGUUGUCUUGAUCCCAGCAGAUGGAAAAAUCGAUAGUAGUUUCGAUACGAGUGACCAUGUGUAUCGAGAGAAUUUGUUCAAAGCUGCGUCGGUAUCGAGUUUGGGUAACUUCGGGAAUAUUGCUGCGGAACCCAUGCCGAUAAUAAAGAAUAAGGAAGGAAAAUGGCAAACAAUAUCGGAAUUCCUCGACUUAUCCCUCCUAAAAGACUUGGUCUACGUUAAUAUUAUAUUUGGUCUGGCAUUAACCUUCUUUUCCGACCUCACAUUUUUUACUCUAGAGCCAUUAUUUCUGGACAAAAAACAUCUAAGCAAGGCUGAGAUAGCGACAAUAAUAGCGGUUGGGGGAGCGACAGACAUGUCGGCGCGUUUGUUUCUGGGCGUGGCGGGGCAAUUCUUCAGGAUGAACAGCCGAUACAUGUUCUUCUGCGGAGCUUUAUUUACAGCCAUAUUUAGAUUUGUAUUCAUCCAGUUUACAACCUACGUGCCACUUCUGAUCCUGACUGGCGUGCUUGGUUCCAUGAGGUCUCUGGUCCAUAUCGCCCAGCCAAUAGUAUUAGCCGAGUAUGUGCCUAUUGAGAGGUAUCCACCAGCCUAUGGACUGUAUAUGCUGCUUGCAGGAGCUAUAAGUUUGAGCGUCGGACCUAUGAUUGGUUUCGUCCGAGACUACACAGGCAGUUACGCGUUAGCUUUCAACAUGUUAACAGUCUGCAAUCUGCUAUGCGUACUACCAUGGGCCGUUGAAGGUGUAAUAAAAUAUAGAAAGAAUAAAAACGCUGCCAAUAAUCCACCAAAGACAUAAAGUAUAAUUUAGCAUAAUUCGGAGUUACAGGAACAAGUCUUUCUUUUUAUAAAAGAAUUUGAUACUCUAUUUAGGCUUAAGGUCGUUUUUAUUUUUGUGUGUGAAUGCUAAAGAGUACAGUCGAGAAAAUUUUUGGUGCAUGGGCAGAAUAUAAUUCGCAUUAAAUUCGGAAUCAUAGGUUUGACGAAGCCCAGAUGUGUAUAUUAUAUUGUUAAUAAUUUUUAUCAUAAAUAUGCCAAAAGCACGUCAUAUUAUUGUCAAGUGUACAAAUAAGUAUUUAUAAUUCAUGUUCAUAAUGAAAAUCGAAAAUGGUUAAUUAUAUGUAUAGAAUGGUUUUUUAAAACGUUUACGUAUACGUAGUCGCUUAGAUAAUAUAUGUAUACAUAUAGGUUUGAACGAUGAAAUGCCGAAUUAUUAAUUUAAGUUUAUUUUUAGUUAUCAGAGAAGGCUUCGAGGAAAUGAAAUUGUAAAUAUAUUUAGACACUGCCGUUAGUAGUAGGUAUAUUUUAAGGUUACUUUUAGUCAAGGUCCUAUUUAUGGCCAGUAGAUAAGUGCAGCUUGUAAUAUACGUAAAACAAAUAUGCCAUAUCUUGCCUUAGUUAGUAAAAGACUACAUUAUGUAUGCUUUGUAUAAAAUAAGAUGUAAAGAAAUGGUCUUAUUUUUGCUUAUGUAUUAGUAUUUGAAAUUAUAAAAGAAAUGUUGAAUUAUAUUAAAGGUAGGAUUAUUAUAUUUUUAUAAAACUAAAGUCAGACGAAGAUCUUGUUUAGAUAUUUGGUUAAAAAUUUUAUAAUUUAUUUUUCGAAAUAUCUAGUCUGAAUGUAUGAAUUAAAAAGUUUCAACUUUAAGGCUAUUAUUAUGUAAAUAAAAUCGAGUCAUAUGAUAGACUGGUUGCGCUCCAGAAUUUAUGAGUGGCAGCCGAAAUUUGGUCAAUUGUACUUUUUUAUAAAAAUAUAUUUUUAUGGGGAAGAUUCGUAAGCUAGAAAAAUUAUUGAGUAAAUAUACCUGUAUAUGCAUUGAUGAACUGUCUAUAUUAUGUUAUUGUAAUUGUUAUGUAUUUUAGUUAUUGCUUUAGGUGUAUAUUAUGUAAUAUUUACCUGUGAAUCCUAUGAUUGACUGCGAUAAAAUGCAAUUCUUUUUAGCUAAGAAAACAAAUAAUUUAAUACCGUGAGA